AUGGAAUCAGUUAUCAGUCGGAUCCGUGGCGCAAUGGUGGUUUUGGAAGUUAAGACUGCGGUCCCCGAGUCACUCCUGAAGAAGAAUAAGCGAAAUGAAGAAUGGGAGCUUGCCAAAAAUCAGGAGCUUGAAGCUGCAAAGAAGAAGAAACUUGAGAACCGCAAGCUUAUUUACUCUAGAGCUAAGCAGUAUGCAAAGGAGUAUGAGGCUCAUGAAAAGGAGUUGGUUCAAUUGAAGCGGGAAGCAAAGUUGAAAGGAGGAUCUUAUGUUGAUCCAGAAGCUAAGCUUUUGUUUACCAUUCGAAUCCGAGGUAUCAAUGCCAUGCACCCAAGGACGAGAAAGAUCUUGCAGCUCUUGCGUUUGAGACAGAUUUUCAAUGGUGUUUUUCUCAAAGUGAACAAGGCAACAAUGAACAUGCUUCACCUGGUUGAACCAUAUGUGACUUAUGGAUACCCUAAUCUCAAGAGCGUGAGAGAAUUGAUUUACAAAAGAGGUUUUGGGAAGUUGAACAAGAAGAGAAUUGCCUUGACCGACAAUGCAAUUGUCGAGCGGUUUGCUAUGGAAAAAUUUGGCAUCAUCUGUGUGGAAGAUCUUAUCCAUGAGAUCAUGAUCGUGGGGCCUCAUUUUAAGGAAGCCAACAACUUUCUCUGGCCAUUUCAGCUAAAGGCACCAUUGGGAGGUCUGAAGAAGAAGAGAAACCACUAUGUUGAAGGAGGAGAUGCUGGCAACCGUGAGAAUAACAUCAACGAGCUAAUUAGGAGAAUGAACUAGAUGCAUUUUUGAGAUUUUAGUUUAUUUGCCAGGAUCCUUAAUUUACUUUGGAAGUUGAAACUUGAAAGAAGUUUUCAUAAAAGUAUGAAAUUUGCAGUG